AUGGAGAAAUUCAUUGGAUCAUGGAAGUUUACCACUCACGACCCAGAUGCAAGUGCCCUGGACAACUACAUGAAAGCCUGGGGAGUGGGCUUCUUAUAUAGGCAGAUGAUGAACCGUGCUACUCCAAUUAUUCGAUUCAAGGAGUCGUCCAAAGAAUCUGGCAAAUACGUUUUAAUCACGAAAUCGAAAAACAUCAUCCGCAAAAGAUUUGUAAUUGGACCAUUUGCACUCGGUAGUGAAGAAGCUGUAUUGGAGAGUCGUGCUGAUGGAAAUAAUUUCAACUCCAAGUUCUACUUAGAUGAUGAGGGAAAACUUGUUCAUGUUGCUACGCACGACAAGGAUAAGAUUCCUGUCUCGACCAGCACGAGAGAGGUAGAUGAUCAGGGCAGAUUGAAAGUGACCGCUGAGUGCAACGGUGUGACAGUUGUUCGCUUGUACGAGAAAAUGGAAGACGAAGAUGAAGAAGAGGAUGGAAAGCUGUGA